AUGGAUGAUUCAAUGCGAGUCGAGUAUCCGGCAAUGCUGGCCAACCUCCAGCCGUCGCAAGCCGUACAAGUCCUCAACGAUCGAGUCAAGCGCAUCUCCAAGCUCAACAUUGAAAUCGCCGACUGGCUCCAGGAACGACGCCGUGUAGAGGAGGUCUAUGUCCAGGGCCUCAGAAAGUUGACUCAAUUCCGAGUUCCCAAUGCACAAUCAGAACUUGGCACUUUUCAGGUACAAUGGGACAAGAUUGUCCAGUCUGCCGAGGGCAUUGCCAUGUCGCACCAUCUCUUUGCAACAAAGAUUGAACAGGAUGUCGAAACUCCGCUGCGCACGUUCAACACAAAAAAGGAGAUGCAAAACAUGCAAACCAUUCAAGGCAACCUCCAAAACAUGGCCAAGGAGCUCGACGAUGCGCAAAAAAAGUCUGAUGCCCUCAAUAAAAAAGCCGGCAAGGCCAGCACCGCCAAGAUUGAUCAGGCAGCUUCUAGGCUCGACGCGGCUACAAAUCAAUGGGAAUCGCAGGCACCAUUCAUUUUCGAGACGCUGCAGGCUCUAGACGAAACUCGGUUGAAUCAGCUGCGCGAUGUCAUGACACAAUACGGCACGUAUGAGGGAGAAGAGGCCCAGUCAAAGCAAGCCGAAGCCGAGACCGUCCUGAACAGUCUUUUGGACUACCAUACCGGCAAUGAGAUUCAAGCCUUUGUGGCAAAGACAACUGUUGGAAAGCCCAGACUACAGGCACGCCCACCAAACAGUGCACGCGCGCCGUCGAGCCUCGGUACCGCAAGUGCAUCUCUCGCACCGACGGCGAGCCCCAGCACACCCACCCCCGCGCCCGCUCCCUCAUCCAUGCCGCCGCCGCCAACGUCGUCGUCCUCUGCAAUGGAUGACGCCCGAAGUGAGCACUCGGUUCACGAAGAGGAGAAAAAGGGCAGCGAGAACAAGCUGCGGAGCCGCAUCGGAACCAUGCUGGGCAGAAGGAGGCAGAGCGUUCAUGGUGGAUUUGGCCAGCUUUCUCCGGCAAAGGGGGCCUUUGGAAGGAAUGCCAAGAGCAGUCACAGCAAUAUCUCGCCGCGCGCAUCAUCGAGCAACCUGGCCGAGGCCAACAACCGGCUGCCCUCCUUGGCCGAGCGCCCCAAUUCGGCAGACGAUCCUUUGCGCAUGUCCGAAACCCGCGAGAAAUCCAGUCAUGAAGGCACCAACGGCAUUGGAGCAAAUAAUCCUGCCAGCACUUUUAGUCCCACUGACGAGGCUCUUGCUCAACUCAACGGGACGGCUUCUAGAGACCUGGGCAGUGUAUCACCACCUCCCGGACCGCCACCCUCGCAAAGAGAACCGGAAAAGGAUGCCGAAGGUUUUACUGUGCCUUCCUUUUCGCAUGACCCCAUUUCUGCAGCCCAGAGAGAAGCCGCAGAGACGAUUCCAGAAGAGGGCGAGCCAGCAUUCAGGCUCAACAUUCAAAAGGAGCCGGUUGCCGAUGAAGAUCCUGAAGAGAGACAGGCGGCCUUGUCGAAAUUUUCCAACAGCCUCUCCGCGCUUGGUAUGCCGACCAAGAGGGCUGGCACAGUACGCGGACGUCGUGAUGUUAGAAACACCAUUUACAUUCCCGCGCCCGUCUCCGAGAGUAGCUCAUUGCCGACAUUGAAUACGGCCUCGUCUCUUUCGCGACCAUCCACUGUUGCGGCCCUGACGUCUGAGCCUAGUGCGACGGGCGCUUCCGACACGCAAUCCAUUCGGUCGUCAAACUCGCUCAACAGCGUCGUGCAAUUCAAGCAUCCCGACAUGCACGAGCCUGGCCUCAACUCGUCCCUGAUUGAAACCGUCUCGGCCACCUUUGAGGAUGGAGAGGCCAAGACUGUCAAGGUCAGCGGAGAAAUCGCCUUUUCAUUCAAUUCAACUGACGCGGCAUCACAUCAAACUCAUCAAUCAAUACGUGUCAAUAAUUUUGCUGCCCUGGAGGUGAUUGGACCCAACCGGAUAUUUGUGGCAAACCAUACCCCAGAACAGCCGGAUCAGUUUAAUCUCGACCUUUCCCACCUUCGUCAGAGCCAAGCCACGGUUGGUUUCUCGUACCGCCUCCAUGUGGAUGCUGCAUCGCCACCCAUUGACCACGUUCCAUUCUUGCUCAAGCCUGCAUGGAAACCACAAGGCGACAAACUCGGACUCUUGCUUCAAUACAAGAUUAACCCUGUAUUCAAAUUUGGCAGCAGCAUCACCCUCCGCAACCUUGUCUUGCUCGCUACGUAUGACGGCAAAGCAUCAGGUGCCCAGACAAAGCCUUCCGGCACCCACUUGAAAGACAAGCAUUUAGUAUACUGGCGUCUAGGCGACGUUACACUUGAUGCGUCGCAAGACUGGCAAAAGAUUGUCUGCCGCAUUGUCGGCGAGGCUGGCGUCGAGCCCAAGCCCGGCAUUGUAGAGGCACGAUGGGAAUUGACCCCCUCUGGUCAAGCAGCGGACGCCAUAAGCAUUUCAAAGCUUGAAGAAAGCAAAGGAAAAGAAAUCGAGCUGAGCGAUGAUGAUCCCUUUGCUGAUACAGGUGCUGGUGAUGGUGGUGAGGGACACUGGGUCGAUAUCCCUGCUGUCCGGAGGCUGGUUGCUGGCAAGUAUGAGGCGGCGUCCUAG